GAUGAUCAACAUCCUUACAUGAUUAGCUAUAAUGGUCAAAUAAAUUGGACUCCUGCAUCCGUCUUUACAUUUUAUUGUCAGUUAGAUAUGACUUAUUUUCCAUUCGAUUCCCAAACCUGCACUAUAUAUAUCAUGGCUAUAGAUUACAGUAUGCAACAACUCAACAUAUAUUUUGAAGAGGGACCGAGAUUUACAAGUAAGCAAGAAAACGGAGAAUGGGAUGUGAUCGAUUUAGAGUUACAAGAAACUCCACAGAAGGAUCUCACAGAACGACCUGAACAUAAAGUUCUAUUAAAGUUAAAGCGCAGAUCAGCUUUUAUUCUCUUGAAUGUAUAUUUGCCAGUAAUAGUCCUCUCUUUUUUAAAUCUGGCAGUAUUUGUAGUGCCCGCGGAGUCUGGUGAGAAAUUGAGCUAUGUUUUAACAGUACUAUUGUCCUUAGCUGUAUUUAUUAGUGUCGUGAGUGGUAUGUUACCUACAACAUCUACUAAUAUACCAAUAAUUACCAUCUACUUAUCACUGCAGCUUCUAAUAAAUACCGUAUCGGUACUUUUAACAGUAUACGUCAUCAGAAUACAUCAUAGAUCUGCAGACAAACCGAUUCCAUCACACCUGCAAUUCCUGACACGAAUCAUGAAGAAGUCAGCCAGUAAUAAAAUUGAUCUUGGUAGUUCUGACGACAGGAUCAAAAAUUGGAAUAUCGUGGCAUUAUCAGUUGAUAAGUUGUGUUUAUACAUUUUUACAACCAUUGUACUUUCUUCAUGUUGUGCGUUGCUAUUUAUCAUAGCAAAAGACGAAUAUUAG